CGCGUCGCGCACCUCGGCCCGACGACAUCGAGCGGUAACGCAGGGACACACGUGCGGUUGAGGUGUUCCGCGAUCAGGCACCUCCAGAACGAAGGGGUCCGCAGUUUCCGUAGACCACGCGAGCUCUCGACAAUCGCGAUCGAAACAUUUUCGCCGAGAUUACGUCUUAACAUCGUUUCCACUCUGUGGAUGUUCGUCACGUUCGUCGUUGAACCGCGCAUCGCGAAUCGCUCGCGACACGUGCUACGCGCGACGAUCGUUAUGUGCACAUCGCGACGGGCAGGAGGGUGAAGUGUUGAAAUAAAUAUUCGUAAGUGAGAAAGGAGAAGAAUCGUAAUUUGCCUCGCGGUCGACGCCUGACGGGUUCCUCGAUGCGCCCUUCGUCAGGGGUUGAAAGUUGCACGUGGUGGGAACUCGACGAUCUCUGACAACAGCCUUGCAGUGAGCACAAGGAGUUGCCAUACAUCGGUUAACAAGUGAGAAAGGAGGGAUCCAUCGUCGACGAGUCUUCUUAACGAGAUUGUCAGGACCAUGAAGAAAUCCUAUUUCGUCUUCAUAUGCCUGCUGGGCCUCGUCGUGAGCGACAACAGCACGAUCGGCGAUCACCCGAUCACGGAGGACACUUCCGAGAUCAGCAAUGUCGGCAACAAUCUCGCGGUCGACGCCGUAGAUCAGAACGCUGGUUGGGGAGAAUGGUCACCGUGGUCGAAGUGGUCGCCGUGUACACGGACGUGCGGUGGCGGAAUCUCGCGGCAACAGCGUCGAUGCAGGCGCAGACCAUGCAAGGGGAAAGUUUGGACCACCAGAUAUAAAAUCUGCAAUCCGGGGACCUGCGAGAAAUCGGGCGAUUUUCGCGCGGUACAAUGCGCCGCCUUCAACAAUGUGCCAUACAGCGAGCAACUGCUCAAAUGGUAUCCCCAUUACGAUCCGGCUAGGCCGUGCGCUUUGAUCUGUCGCGGCGAGCAGACCCUCGAGAACGGCGCAAGACGGUCGCGGCAGGAAGUGAGCGAGAAGACGAUGCCGCGCGAUUCCACAGAUAGCCUGCAAUUCGACAGCGACGAGACGAUAGUAGUGCAACUAGCGGAUAAGGUGGAGGAUGGAACGAGAUGUUACACGGAGGGCACGGACGUGUGCAUAGGCGGCGAGUGCAUGAAGGUUGGUUGCGACCUUCGAGUUGGUAGUAACAAGAACACAGAUGCGUGUGGCGUGUGCGGAGGGAAUGGAUCAAGCUGCCAAUCGCGAUACUCCUGGAGUUUGGAAUCGAUAUCCGCCUGUUCCAAGUCCUGCGGUGGAGGUUUCAAGAUAGGGAUGGCGGUGUGCAAAUCGGCCGACGAGAGCGUCGUGGAGGACAGCUAUUGCGAUGCAAACAGCAGACCUUCGGUGAAGUCCUUAAUGCCGUGCAACACGCACCCUUGCACAACGAAGUGGAUGAACGGGGAAUGGAGUGCGUGCAGCGCGAGCUGCGGCGGCGGCUCGCGAACGAGGUCCGUCUUCUGCAUCGAGGAGAACGGGAACGAAACCACUAAGCUACCAGAUCACAAGUGUAGCAGCACGCACAAGCCGCGCAUUCAGGAGACCUGCAACACCGUGUCCUGCCCGAUGUGGGAGACAGAUAAAUGGAGCGAGUGCUCCGUGACCUGUGGCACCGGAAUACGGACGAGGACGAUCGAAUGCAGAGACGGUGUUGGUGCCAUCUCCAGGGAUUGCGACCCCGCGGAACGCCCUCAUACCGAGCAGGAAUGCAAGACGAACGUCGCAUGUCCCACAUAUGGAGACGGCAUGACACAGCCCCUGGUGCAGCCGUAUCCGCUAUCCCCAGUGUCAGAGAAAUUGAUGGACCAACCGAUACCUUCCGAAUCGACGUUUAUCGCCGAGGAAUGGUCCCCCUGCAGCGUCACCUGCGGCGAGGGCGUCAGGCACAGAGAAGUGCGCUGCAAGAUAUUCCUCGAGUUCAGCCAAACCAUCGCCAAGCUGCCGGACAGCCAGUGCACCGGCCCGAAGCCCGUCGAGACGGAGAAGUGCACGAUGGAGCCGUGCGGUCUGCUGGAGAACAGCCUAUCCUACAGGAUCGACACGGUUGGCGAUAGCGGAUACGCCGAGUCGAGCUUGACGGACUCGUACGGUAGAUCAUCGUCCGGCAGUUCCGGCGGAAGCGGCUACGACAGCGGUAUCAAGGUCGCCCCGGGUAGCGACGUGCAAACUACGUACUCGUGGAAGGAAACUGGCUACACCCCCUGCAGCGCAACUUGCUUAGGAGGUGUCCAAGAUCUUAUUAUAAACUGUGUUCGGGACGACACCGGGAAAACGGUGAUGCCGCUUUUAUGCUCCACGGAAACGAAGCCGGAGGCGAGGAUACGAGUCUGUAACGACCAUCCGUGUCCUCCGAGGUGGAAUUAUAGCGAAUUCUCCACUUGCAUGAGCCCUUGCGGUAUUGGUAUACAGACACGUGACGUUACCUGUAUCCACGAGGUGACACACGGCACCGGCAAAGCAGUGCCCGUUCCAAAUUACAUGUGUCCGCAACCACCGCCCGCCGACAGACGAUACUGCAAUGUACUGGAUUGUCCUGUCAAAUGGAGCACGGGGGAAUGGGGGAAGUGCUCGAGAACGUGCGGCGGUGGCGUGAAGAAGCGAGAUGUAGUUUGCGAGCAGAUAAUGGCGCAAGGUCGCAAGCAGAGUCGCGAAGAACGCGAAUGCCCGGCACAAAAGCCAGCCAGCGAGAAACCUUGUAACACCAGGACCUGCCAUGACUCGGACUUGGGCUCUAAUGUACCACCGAUCAUCACCAGCUUGAACACGACGUACAAUCAAACGGACAUCAACGCAAAGGUGGACCUGAAAAUUGGCGGAAUCGCCAAGAUUUUUCAAGGGACGCCUUCUAUCAAGAUUCGCUGUCCCGUUCGAAAGUUUGACAAAGCGCAGAUUGUAUGGAUGAAAGACAACAAGGACAUACGAAAGUCGAGGAAAUACAAGAUCAGCAGGAAGGGAGCUUUGAAGAUAAUCGAUAUAGUUUCCUCGGAUUCGGGAGUCUACGCUUGUAUUGCGGGAAAUUCGCACGCAGAGACGCAGUUGAUAGUGAAAUUUCGGUCCAAAGAGCAGAUAAGUAGCGAGGAAUAUUUACGACUGGGCAAUUCCGUUCACCUACAACGAAACGCGAAUCUCGACUCUGCACCGGCGAAUUCUGGCGAGAGCCCAUACACUGAUCACGCAGCAGCCUACGGGAAUCGUUUUGAUAGCGAGGAUCUCAGCCAUGAACGUGCGUUUCCGAGCAAACCAACUAGAAAACCACAUCAAAAGAAGCAGAAAACCAGUCCCACUCCGUCAGACGCCACGAUGAUGCACAAAGAGCAUACUGUUACCUCUCUCAAUCAGCCGGGGUAUCACGAAUCCGUGGAGUCACCUGCUCCAUCAAGUGCUUCUACUCUUGUGCCGCACUUGAGCUACUUGAUAUCGAGCUUGAAGGCCUAUUGGCCGUUUCACAGCGAAAUAGCCACGGGUGAUAAUCGCAAGACCACUUCCACGCCACUAGUCGGAGAUGGGCAUAAAAGGGCGGCGACGACGAAGCGUAGAAUGUCUAACAGGGACACCGACCUCACGUAUCAAAGUAUAGAUAAUACCUUCGACGAUCUAUAUCGUAAUACAGUCAUUCCGGACGAGACCUUCGGUCCUGAUGAAGAGCGGAUAUUUAUCGAUGUCGAUCCCUACGAUCUGGACGAAUCUGUAUUCGGGUUACAGCACGGCGACGGCGUCAAGUCGGAUAUAAUGGAUAAAGUUGAUGCCAGGCUUACCACAAAGCCCGAUAUCGAUUAUAUCGAGGAGUCGUUAAAAAAUGUGAAACGACAGUGGCAAGAGUCGAGAAACGAGUACAGAGAUCAGUGGAGCACCAUGCCCAAAAGUCACGUCCAAAGCAGAACCACGACAGAAUCUAUCACGUCUUCACAGAGCGGCGAAAUGGACAUGUAUUACGUCGAGGAUUCGAGCACAAAAAAGGAAAUGCUCAAGGAAGCAGGUAGUUUUACCGACGGUAGUGAUAAGUCCAUCAAUCACGGCGUUUAUAGAAACUUGAGAACUGAAGACCCAUCGACCGUCGCCUCCACAAUGAUAUCCAGAGGUCUUGGGGAUCGAUUAAGGAUACCGGAGUCGAGUCAUCGUAGUUUGAGCCACGCGAACAGGACAAUCGAGUACAGAGACGCGUUCGAGGAGGAGUUGGAUAAGCGGAAAAUCGCGCCGUAUGUGGAAAAUCACACGGUGGAUUAUACAAUCGCGCGAUUCCCGACUACUAGAGAACUGGAAAAUAGAGCGAGAGAAGACUCGACGUUGAUAAAUGAUCGGAGGUCGGGCGUUGUUGGAGAGAAUCCUGACGAGAACGUAAGAAACUUAUCUCGCAAUCGAGAGGAUCACGCUGGCUCCAUAGAAGAGGCCUUCCCAGUUAAUCUAAAAGAGGCGUUCAGGGAAGGGCAACGUUCAACCGAUGGGGAUAAGCCCGCGAACGUUUUGCUCUCCGCUGUAACGGGAGAGACUGUUACAACAAAAGAUCCCGCCGCAGAAUCACUCGCUGUGUUAGCUGCGGAUAAUGUUCUGGUGUUCGAGUGGGUUACGACCGAUUGGUCGAAGUGUUCUCAAACUUGCGGAGGAAGUGGAUUCCAGAUGCGAGGUGCGCAGUGUACAGUACGAACGACGCAAAUGGAUGGCAACUCGACACAUGUCUCGCCGAGGACGAUCAUCGGUCAGAAGCUGUGCGAGGACGCCGGACAUCCGGUGCCGCAGAAGGUGAGGCCCUGCGGGACCGGCAAGUGCCCUCAAUGGCACGCCACGGAAUGGACUACGUGCGAAACGUCCAGGUGCUUCAAUUGGAAGACGGCGAUGCAAAAACGAGACAUUAGCUGUCGCUUGGUUGACGACGCGGAGAACGGCUACGAGAACGCCACGCUGCUGGACCCGAGCAAGUGCGACGAAGCCACGAGGCCGCUACAGAGACAGGAAUGCUACAACGACGCCUGCAAAGGCGUCUGGAGGGUCGGCGAGUGGACCGAGUGCAUCGCGUCCUGCGAGGAAGAUGGUAUCAAGUAUAGGAUUUUACAAUGCGUCUGGUUCGGUACGAAGAAGCCAGCGGGAAACGCUUGUAGAGAUAUACCACGACCUCCUGUAAUGAAAACAUGCAGGGGUCCGCCUUGUCCUCAAUCCGGUGGGUUUCUGCAAGAAAACUCUACUAAGUCUUGUAUUUUCACUUGCAGAGGAUUGCAAGGACCAUUCGCAACUGUGCGGCAGGGUGAAAACCAUGAACAUAUGUAAGAUGCCGCUGUAUAAGAAACAGUGCUGCGCAUCGUGUCGCUAGAUUCGAGUUAUAAUUGAUUGUAAGUGACUCAUUGUGAGGAUUAGACAAAAUGAGCGAUAACGAUGAGUGCGCGUGAGACAGAGAGUGUAAAUCGUGAUUAGUCGGACAAUUACUUCGUGACAUAUAUAAACGCACCCGGGAUGCCUGUUGUUAGUAAAUUACGUAACGCACGUGGAAGGAGCGUGCCCACUGUGGAAUAAGAUUGCACAGUAUUACGAUGUCCGAUUUAUAGAUUAAAAGAAAGAAUAUAUCCAAGAAAGGAGUCGACCAAAAACCUACUUCGCUGUAAUAGUUCCCCCUCGUCGUAUCGUCGCGAAUGCCGGCUCACCUCCUCGCCUCGAGCGUUCCUCGCGUAACAAAGAGAGACCCGCCAAUCUUAACAGUUUCUAAUUAAUUGAACUAAAUAAUUUUCUAACGUAUGUCACGCGUAAGUUCGGCGCGAUUCCUGCAAAUUGCGCACGCUCAUAUUGCCCCUAAUUAAAAAGGGGGGGAAAAAAGGAAGGGAAAUGGAAAUCCGGCAUUUCGUCCAAAAAAGUUAAGAGCGUUAUAUUGUUAUAGAGUUCGAUGGGGAGAAAGGGGAGUAGAAAUUUAUUACUACGUCCUGGGAAGAUCGUUAUUGCGACAUACAUCGUUGAAAUCGACACGUUAUUAAAUGUUGUCAAUGUUGGUGCUUUAAGUCGCACGGAAAAUGGCUUUAAAAAACAGAAUGAUAUUUAAAUUUUAAUAAAAACACUAAGUCUGGAAAGUUGGGAAGCAUAAGUUUUCGUGUCGCAGUGCACAUUUCGUCUUGACGCUUAUUCUUUUUUACAUCUAUAUAUUUCCCAACGCGAUAAAUGUAACUGUUCUCCAUUCAUUUCUGAAGUGAAAGAAAGUUAUCCUUUUAAGACUGAAACGCUCUUCGGAUAUCAUUGUUCUUGGGCAUUAAUGUAAAGAAAGUUUCGUUACGUUCCAAAGAAUCAUUUGAUACUCCGUCAUAAGCAGGAAAGAAUUAUAUCUUCGCUUUAUCUCUGAACAUAUAUUUAUUGAUAUAUUAUCUCUCCCUCUCUCCUUUAUGUUUAUAGAUUUUGAUAUCAAUUAUCAUCAAAAUGUAAAAUGUAAAGUUAUUUAAGAAAUAUAAGUUAUCGAUGAAUUAUUGCGCGCCUAUAAAGCGUCCCGUCGGGCGAUCUUAAGCCAAUAGAUAUCCAAUAAGCAAUAAAAACAAAUAUAUAAGUAUUGUAAUAUAAUAUUUUGUUAAUAAUCUCUGGCGAAAAUUCGUGAACAUGACCAUUCUGUUGUUGGUUAUAAAGGGCCCGACUUUACUUAUGUGCCUCUAAUCACUUCUCACUUCAGAGACCGCGGAACAGGGGACGCGAUAUGGUACAAGUAUAAACGAAUUUGUCAGAUUAUAAAUACAAUCUAAAAAAAUUCUAGAUUUUAUAUAAAUAUAUAUAAAGUGUCCGCCCUGUUCAAAUUUUCGGGGCGCAGCGCGCCUCUUAGAAAAUAGUUGAAAUUUUGGAAAAAUUGUGAUAUACUCGCACAAAAAAAUACUAACCAUUUAAAAAAGCCGACAGUGAUCUUUUCAACCUGAAAAGAUCACGAAUAAACAAGUUUUUUACAUUGUGCUUUGGUGCAAACUCAAAAUCGUGCGAAUUUCUCGUAUUAAACUUUCUUGAGCCAGUUACGAGAUAUUUGCUACAUUUAUGGACGCACACUCUGUGUGUGUAUAUAUGUAAUCUAUUAAAAAAUUCAUUUAUACUUAUGCUAUUUCGCCUCUUUAAAAAAGGCUCCGCCGUCUCUGCUCACUACCUAGAUAUUACUAAUAGUUAUAAAUAUUCAUUUGUCGCGUAUUCACUCGUAGAACUCAUCAUAGAAGUCGAUGUUUUCGAUAAGAGGAUCCUUCGCGCAGGUAUUGAUUAUAUGUGAAAUGUAACGAGGAUUUGUCCCCCUUUAUAUACAUGAUUAAUCACAUUAAACGUUUAAUUACAUCAUAGGCGCUGCCGGAAUUCUUCG